CAUUACGAUAACACAGAUAGAUUGCCACGUUGAUGAAGUACUUAUUAAACGCCUUUCAUUUUCACUAUCGCUGCCAAUCAAACCGUACUUUUGUAAAAUAUUUAAGUUAUAAUCUUCAAAUAAUGGAGCAACAUUCGAAAGCUUUGCUGCUUUCAUCUUCGAAUUGUCAUGGAUAUUCCAUGUUAGAAUUCGCGAAAGAGGAAAUUUGUGAUUUUUUAAAAAAACAUGAUGUACAAGAACUAAUAUUUAUACCAUACGCUCAAAAAGGGUAUGACGGAUACACAAAAACUAUUAAAAAUGUAAUUGACCCCUGGGGCUUUUCAGUGUCUGGUCUUCAUACCUUUAAUGACCCAGUGGAAGCUAUCAAAACAGCACGUGCAAUUUUUGUUGGUGGUGGAAAUACCUUUCUUCUUUUAAAGACAUUGUAUGACAAUAAUUUAGUGUCUCUGAUAAGAGAGAGGGUUUGGGCAGGCGAUCUGGCAUAUAUUGGAAGCAGUGCUGGGACAAAUGUAGCUACAAAAAGUAUUCAUACAACUAAUGACAUGCCAAUAAUUUACCCACCCAGUUUUGAUGCUAUUGGUAUUGUUCCAUUUAACAUCAAUCCACAUUACAUUGACAAACCUGAAAAUGAGAAACACAAAGGCGAAACUAGAGAUCAAAGGAUAGGAGAAUAUAUGGAAAUGCCACAUGCUGGCACAGUAUUAGGAUUAAGAGAAGGAAGCAUUUUACAUGUGCACGGGAAAUCACUAAUUCUUAAAGGAGUAGCUGGUGCUGUACUUUUUAAGAAGGGUGAAGAAAAAACUGAGUAUCCCGUUGGAACGGAUGUAUCGUUUUUAAUAGACAACAUCAACAUUUAAUCCAGCUACAGAAUACAUUUAAAUAAAAAAAAAAUAUUAACAUUACAUUACCA